AUGUCGCUCAUGAAUGCUGAUAACCGACACCGCGUGAUUUACGUUGGUGGUCUGGCAGACGAAGUGACGGAGGAAACACUAAAGGCUGCUUUCAUCCCCUUUGGCGAAAUUGUGGACGUCAUGAUCCCCAUGAACUAUGAACAGAACAAGAACCGAGGCUUCGGGUUUGUGGAGUUUGAGGUGCGGGAGGACGCCAUGGCGGCGCAGGAGAACAUGCACAAUGGGGAGCUCUUCGGCAAGGUGCUUUCCGUCAACCUUGCCCGUGCCCGCAACAUUGACAAGAACAGAGCCGUGUGGGAGUCGAAUCCGGACGAGUACUAUAAGGUCGAUGAGGAUGGUGAGGGCGCUGAAGGCCAGCAGCCCGAGAGCGCAGACGGCAUGGACACCAAGGCCUAA